GUGAAUAAGCUAUACAAAGAGAAGCAAGAACUCGAUGUAUAUAAAUGACAAGUAAUAAACGAAAGUACGGAAGUCAAAUGAAAGUAACAGAUGUCACGGAAGAAUGGUAGCUAAGCUACCGACUGACACCAACCGGAAAAGAAAGCUAUGGUGAGGACAGUACAAUCUCUGCUCCUGGGUCAGUUGGUUUCUUUAGUUCUGUCAGUCAUGAGCUUCACUUCUUCUUUCGUUGCUAGUCUUGGUGUUAAUACUCCACUUACUCUAUCAUUUACUGCUUACUUGGCUAUAACUUUGGUGUAUGGUAGCAUUUUCCUAUGUCGUCGACAGAAACUUCUGGUUCCGUGGUAUUGGUAUCUGUUCCUAGGUUUCAUUGAUGCUCAGGGCAAUUACUUGUAUAAUAAAGCUUACCAGUACUCAUCAAUCACAAGUGUGACAAUAUUAGAUUGUUGGACAAUCGCGUGGGUGAUAAUUCUCACUUGGAUAUUCCUAGGAACAAAAUAUUCUUUGAGACAGUUCCUUGGCGCGGCAGUCUGUCUGUUAGGCCUUGGUCUUGUGCUUCUCUCGGAUGCUGGGGUGGGUGGUGGAGGGGGUACAAAACCACUACUAGGGGAUACACUUGUUAUCGCAGGAACACUUUUCUUUGCAAUUAGCAAUGUUGGUGAGGAAUUUUGCGUGAAGAAAAAGGAUGUUGUUGAGUUCCUUUCAAUGAUAGGUCUAUUCGGAUUGCUUGUAAGUGGGUGCCAGGCAGCUAUACUGGAGAAGAGAGUUGUGGAAUCCGUGAAUUGGUCCCCUGAAGUUAUAUUAGCUUUUGCUGGUUAUGCGGUGGCAAGUUUAAUGUUCUACAUUUUGACUCCUUUUGUGCUGAAGACUAGCGGAUCCACAAUGUUCAAUCUCUCUCUUCUCACAUCAGAUAUGUGGGCAGUAGUCAUUCGCAUAUUUUUCUACCGCCAGCAGGUGGACUGGCUGUAUUAUGUAUCUUUUAUAUUGGCAGUUAUUGGGCUUGUUAUUUAUUCAAGAGUUGAUACGGAUCCGGUUUGUAUCCCAUCUCCUGAGAAUGGAGAUAUUAAUACACAAUACCAGCUGCUUCAUGAAGGGACGGCAGAAACUAAAGUCGAGUCUCCCGCUUUAUGAUACAGCAACUUAGCUCUGGCCUUGUUCAUAUAUACACUAAACGAGUAGAGAUUAUGUGGGGAGCUCCUACAAAUGCAUGCACUCAUUCAUCAAUACUAGGAACUGGUUCAAGAGUUGCUCUAGUCUGAAACUUUUUGGAACCUGUCUAGGCUUCCUUCCCCGAAGAGAAGCCAUUAUAUUCUUAAAGGACUUUAGAAAUGUAAAGCUAGGAUAGAAAUCAGAGAACAUAAAUUUUAGCUGGAGGAGGAAUGGGACUUGUAACAAUAGAUGAUUACUUGUUCAAUUCCCGCCCUAUGUAUAAUCAAAUUAAAUAUACUUUAUUUAAUAUUAAUUAACUUCAUGUAA